AUUACCACAAUUCUUAUGUUUAGUUUGACUGGGAAGCUAUUGCUUUUUACAGAUUUGCAGGUAUCUCUGAAAGCAAAGAAAGAUGGCCUUGAUGUUGUGGGACUAGCUCCUGUUUCUACAUCCCUUGGAUCUUCAAAGGUUCAGGGAAAGUUGAAUUCUCCUAGUGAAUUGAUUGAGGAUGCAGCACCUGUGAAACCACAAGUUGCAGUACAAUCUGCAAUAUCUCGUGGGCGACCUGGUAGUUCUACUUCAUCCACUUCAGAAUAUGGAGGUGCUGCCCCUUCAGCUUCUAGUGGUCCUGGUGUAUCACGAAGCUCAUCAGUCGGUUCAUUGUCUUCAGAGAAGUCAACCCUGAAUCCACAUGCUAAGGAAUUCAAACUUAAUCCAAAUGCAAAGAGUUUCAUUCCAUCCCAAACUCCUUUAAGACCUGCUUCUCCAGUGUCUGAUGGCCCCUUCUAUUUUCCACCUAAUGUUGGAACUGUUCCUCCAAUGCAUGGCAUGCCUGUUGGCAUUGGGAUUGGAACCUCAUUUGCACCCCAACCUGUUAUUUUAAAUCCUCAGGUUGGACCAAUGCAAUCAGCACAGCCUUAUUUUCAUCCUAAUGGACCUCAGUAUGGACAGCAGAUGUUUUUUGGUCAUCCUCGGCCAGUUGUUUACAUGCCAACAUAUCCCCCUGAGAUGCCAUUCAAGGGAAGAGAUUUUUAGAAGCUUGGAUCAGACUGUAUUCAAGCAGUACUGUAGUUCGAAUGCGUAAACUAUAGAUGCAAGACUACUUCGAACAAGCUCCCGAUGGAAUAGCCCGGCAGGCGAUUAAAGAUCUGAGCAACAAGAUCUGGGUUGUUAUUAUGCAAUAACUUUGUGACCAUGAGGACGGUGCGCUCUGACUUGGCGGGGUUACUUUGGACAGUCUGAUGUAACUUUUUCGAAUGGGUGUUCUACUACUACUGCUUAGAUAAAGUUAUCUGGAAUCAAAAUGUUUGCUAAGAAGUUUUUUUUUUUUUUUAACCUCUUUCCGGAGUGUUACUAUGAGUUUUUUAAGGCACUGAAAUGCUUUUAAGUUCC